CCGUGCCGCAGAAGCUCAUGCGGCAGAGUCGAUUUCCGCGCUUAUAAACCCAGGGUCGUUACAAUAUGGACGUUAGAAACGCACACUUUUGUAGUGGGGAGUAAGGCCACCGUCAUUACACAUUUUUCGGCCAAUAUAUUCCAGGUAUUACGGUACUUCUCCAAUGGAAAAUAUGCAAUGACAGUAUGCAACUAUACCACAAAGGAGUAGAGACGAGUCAAGCAGUUGUUGUCAGAUUCUCGUCUGUAGUCACAUGUGUACAAAACUAACCGUAUCGCUUUAGGAAGACAUCGAUGUAUUAGUUAUUUAAAUGUAUUACUCGCAAUAAAUAUGACGGAAAUGUUUUCAACUCUGUAUGGGCAAAAUGAUGCUCAGGGACCUCCCCGAUCAUCGUCUCUGGGAUUUGGACCGGGAAAUCCACCACCCCCUCUGCCGCCUAACCAAGUCCCGAUGGCGGCCCAGAUGCCACCUCAGCUCGGGGAUGAGGGGCCUGCUCUACGGAAACCGGGAGCCAUGAACGAACCUUUUUAUUUACUGCGAGAACUACCAGUGGGCAAUGAGCUUACGGGCAACACCAACCUCAUCACCCAUUACAACCUGGAACACGCUUACAACAAGUUCUGUGGCAAGAAAGUCAAGGAAAAGCUCAGCAACUUCCUGCCAGAGUUACCAGGUAUGAUAGACUGGCCUGGUACCCAGGAUGGCAGUUCGUUGCGCUCUCUGAUAGAGAAGCCUCCAGUGUGUGGCAACUCCUUCAGCCCUCUGACCGGAGCCAGCCUCACCGGCUUCAGACUGCACACCGGACCGCUACCGGAGCAGUACCGGCUGAUGCACAUCCAGCCCCCAAAGAAGAAGAGCAAGCAUAAGCACAAACACAACCGACCACAGGAUCCCAUACCGCAAGAGACACCCUCAGACUCUGACCCCAAGAAGAAGAAGAAGAAAAGAGAUGACGACCCUGACCGCAAGAAGAAAAAGAAAGACAAGAAAAAGAAGAAGGUGCGUGCGGGUACUGGUGUUCUCCCUGGCCAGAAGAGACACUAUCCAGAGCUGCGGAGAAAACUACAACCACGAAGGACAUUGUGACUUCUGGGGAAGAUAACCAGAGACCCUGAUGAACUGACUUUCCAACAGACGGACCGGCGAUUCCAACAGAGAAGACCACAUAUGGGCGUAAAUAUAUACGUUGCAAUUAUUCUCAAUUGAGCUGACGUUCAUGUGCAAAAGAUUAGCAUUUCAAUGAAUAUAUUUAUCAACUGUGUGUAGUGAAUCUAUUUGUCAAUCACCCUCUCUGUCCUCACCCCUUUCCUUUGUCUAUCAAGCCGUCAUAUUGGCUUCGUCCGCUAGAGACCUUUUCUUUGUAUCAUGUAGUAACCCAAAUAU